AACGGAUGCAACUCUAGACAGCCCAAUUAGACCCAUUGAUAAUUUUGUUUUUAUAAGGUUUUUUGUUUUGCUAAAAUCGUUUUGGAUUUCGAGACACGACAAUCUCUGCUGCUCGAGUCUCGACGGUCUCGUUUCGUUCUUCAAGAGAUCCGAAUCCCGCUCCCAUUCUUAAAUCUCAAGUUCGGAAAUUCUUCGUGGUGGGUCUUCAUCAUCUCUACGUUACUCUCCACUGGAUCCUUGAAGCAUACUUCUCCAUUGUUAACUCUGCUGCCUAAUUCCUCGAUUCUCUCUGUUUCUUCUUCAAAAUCUAAACUUCAGUUCGAUUCCAUGGCGCCGAGAUGGAAAUGGAAAGGUGCUGAAGCAAAAGCUCUCGCCGAACCUAUUUCAAAUUCCGUAUUAGAGCUCCAGCUUUCUCUAGCCAAAACAGAGUCCUCGGGUACCCUCUCGAGUUGCAAUGUUCUUCUAGCGGUUGAGCCAGAGCAAGCUGAGCUUCUCGACCGUUGUUGUUUUGGCAGACUCGUUCUAUCUGCAGAAAAAGUGAAGAAAUGGAUUCAGUUAUCUUUUGAAGAAGCUUUCUUUUUGUUCCACACUCUCAAAUGCAUCAAAAUCUCUCUUCAAGGUCGUUGCUUGGAGAAUGAAGUAGACACAUGGAUGUAUAUGAAAUCAAAAAGACCAAACUUCCCAAUGUUUUACAAAGCUUAUUCACAUCUACGAUCGAAGAACUGGGUUUUGAGAUCAGGGUUGCAAUACGGUGUGGAUUUCGUGGCAUACCGUCACCAUCCAUCUCUUGUCCACUCUGAAUACUCGGUUUUGGUUCAGUCUGGUGAUAGUGAUCGACUAAGAGUGUGGUCUGAUAUCCAUUGUGCUGUUCGGUUAAGCGGAAGUGUUGCCAAAACGUUGUUGACUCUCUACGUCAAUGGUAAUUUCAAAGGAGAGGGAUUGAAUCUACCUGCGUGUUUGGAGGACUUCACAGUGGAGGAACAGACAGUAAGUAGGUGGAGUCCCGAACUUAGUCGUGAAGAUGAAACCACAAAUUCAAAACCAAUUGUUACCUCUGUGAGUAAUUUGAAAAACCCUUGAAGAACCAUUCCCGCUUAACUCAGUACUAGUUUGAAUUUUAUGUAUCAAUUGGAAAUUUAUUUUCUUUAAGAUGCAUAACAUACAGUUAUGUUUUACUUAUUUUCUGUUAGUAGACUUGAUAAUCGACGAAAAGAAAUAUUUUUCU